UAGAUUUGGGGGCUCAGGUGGGUGAUGCUGUAGUCAUACCCUUCCUGCAAGGAUAGGAGAGGGUAUGACUGUGGGGAGGGUGUGCGGCAGAGCUAGGUCGACGGGAAGUACGUGGAGCGGGCAGGUGAGCCUGCUGGAGGGGACCCAGGCCCCCACUAUACCAGUUUGAAGCCUUCUGUGCAGGGGGCCUGGCCCCUGGCUGGAGCCUGAUGGUACAGGGACAGACGGACUCUGGAGAGGACAAGUUUGAGAUCAACUUCUUGACCGAUACUGGAGACAUUGCCUUCCACGUCAAACCUCGAUUCUCCAGUGCCACCAUGGUGGGCAACACCUUCCAAGGUGGUCACUGGGGACAGGAGGAGGUGUCCAGCGUCUUCCCACUGGCCCUAGGAGAGCCCUUUGAGAUGGAGGUGACCACAGAUGCAGAAAACUUCCACGUCUAUGCCCAGGAGCACAAAAUACUGCAGUUCCCACACCGCCACCGACAACUGGCUGCCAUCACCCGCGUCCAAGUGCUGAGUGACCACCGGCUGGUCCAGGUGGAGCUAGCCAAGCGGAGCCUGAGCUGGGGGGACGGGAGCUGCUGAGCUGGCCACCAACCCAGAAGCAAGCUUCAGUCAUCCUGUGGUCCGGUUCACCUGGACCUCUACCCUGGAGAAGUUGGGGGACUGUUCCCUUUGAACCCCUGGCUCUGCUUCCAAUAAAUAAAUAAAUAAACCGGC